AUGCUCUUCUGGAUGACAAUACUGGCUACUGCCAGAUGGGAAAAUGACACCAGACUGCAAUUUGCCCAACAUGAUCAAUGGAAGAUUCUCUCAGCCAGAGUGCAGCUACUGAUCAGCAAGAAGCAGCUGUUCAGAACAGACCAGAUUGAGUUCUGGUCAGCAGCACACCAGUUUGGUCAGGUGCUCAAGUAUCUGAUGAUUCACCACACCACUGAGACAAGUUGGUUCAACAAACCCAUCAUGGAGCUGCCCCCCAACUGCCAUCAUGAUGUUCUCUGCAGCCUAGAGCCCAAGAUCAGAGACAAGCUCCAGUGGUGUGAGGAGUGUGAAAUUCAAAAACUAAAAGACAGCUACAUGAGAAGCUUGCAGGAAUGGAAGAAGCAUGGUCAAGGAUCUAAAUCUGAGCUUUCCAGCCAGACUUUUUUCAAGAAGUUGCGCAUAAACUGGAUCAUUGCCAUCUUUCCAGCUCUUCUGGACCUCAUGAAGACUGAGCAAUGUGAGCUCAAGCUUACUGAUGAGGAGAUGAUGAAGAACAGGUGGCAUGCUGGUGGGGACAAGGAGGCACUGUACAUUCAUGCAAUCAAUGCCCUGGCCAAUUCCAGCUCCAAGUGUCAUGCAAUUCAACACAUCCUGCAGGGCAUGGGGAGAGACUAUCAUGGGCGCCCAGAGAAGAUUGUUAUCCUGACAGAAUUCCCCUGUGUGGUUCACAUACUUGAGAUGUGGCUGCAGAAGCAAGGCUACUGUGUUGCAGCAGUCUAUAGCAGUAUGAGUGUUGAGGACUGA